AUGCGCCCCGGCAGCUGGCGGGUUAUCACACAUUAUGGCUUCACCGGCCCGAUCCAGCGUCUCCAGGCGCCUUUGCGGAGGUCUCUUGCGCGCGCCGCCGCCCUGUCAACUCGCUCAUACGCCACCAUCCCAUCUGCCCCAUCCAGCCAGCCGACAUCGCAGGAGUCAUCGCCAGCCGCUUCCGCUUCCGCUUCCGCUUCCGCGCCCGCAACCAAGCCGCGUCCGACCUACUUCAAGGACACCACUCUUGCUUCCCUCGACGACUUCAUCGCAAAUCAAUCGUCAGCCGCUCCUCUCGCGCCCAGCGAAGCUUACACCCUACGCACAGCCCAAGUCGGACCCGCCGGCAAGAAGCGUACCAUUACCCGCCUGCCCGAAUGGCUCAAGACGCCCAUCCCGAGUGCCGGCGCGAACCCCGAAUUCGCCAAGAUCAAGGCCGACCUGCGCGGUCUCAACCUUCAUACAGUAUGCGAGGAGGCUAGGUGUCCCAACAUCGGCGAGUGCUGGGGCGGCUCCAACAAGGCCGCCGCGACGGCUACCAUCAUGCUUAUGGGCGACACCUGCACGCGUGGCUGCCGCUUCUGCAGCGUCAAGACCAGCCGCAAGCCGCCCCCGCUGGACCCCCACGAGCCCGAGAACACCGCUGAGGCCCUAGCCCGCUGGGGUCUCGGUUACGUUGUGUUGACGAGCGUCGACCGUGACGAUUUGGCCGAUGGUGGUGCUCGGCACUUUGCGGAAACGAUUCGCCGGAUUAAGCAGAAGAAGCCGACUCUUCUUGUCGAGGCCUUGACCGGUGACUUUAUGGGUGAUUUGGACAUGGUCAAGAUUGUGGCGGAUAGUGGACUGGAUGUGUAUGCGCAUAACGUUGAGACUGUCGAGAACCUGACGCCUUACGUGCGUGAUCGCCGCGCCACAUUCCGUCAGAGUUUGAAGGUAUUAGAACACGUCAAGAACGUUCGGGGCAAGGAGGGCAUUAUCACCAAGACCAGUAUCAUGCUUGGCCUAGGUGAGACCGAGGAGGAGCUCUGGGACGCUUUGAGGGAACUGAGGAAGGUCGAUGUUGAUGUCGUCACCUUCGGACAGUACAUGCGCCCAACCAAGAGGCAUCUCGCGGUGGAGAAGUACAUCACUCCCGAUGAGUUUGAGCUCUGGAGGCAGCGUGCCCUUGAUAUGGGCUUCCUCUACUGCGCCAGUGGCCCCCUGGUCCGUUCCUCGUACAAGGCUGGCGAGGCUUUCAUCGAGAAUGUUUUGAAGAAGCGCGCCAGCGAGCGUGUCGUCUCUGAGGCUCUUGGUCAAGCGGUUGCCGCCGAGGAGGCGACUAGCGCCAAGUCCGCCUAA